AUGUUCCGUUUUCCAAUAACACCCUCGCUGCGCAUGACCGUGCGCCCUCCGGGCCCAAUAGCCCCUCGUCCCUGUAUCUCCAAAUCUACCUUCCGAUGCUCCUCACGAUCUGCAUUAGCGUCAUCCAAGAGAACACAGCCUCCGAGAUCUUUCAUAUCUUACUCGCGACCUGUACCCCGGGCAUUUCCCCAAGCGCAUGCACGGUCAUUCUCAAGCUCAAGCCAUCGACACUUCUACAAUGGAGGCAAUAGAUACAGACGGUUUGACGGGCCAGGAAGACAGCCGUUAAUAGUGCACCUAUUGCAGAAAGCGAGACCGAUUCACUUUGUGAUGGUGGGAGGUGUUAUUGGCGGCGUUUAUGUUUAUAACACGGAUACUGUGGAGAUGACUGGUCGGCGACGGUUUAACUGUGUCUCCCAUCAACAGGAGCUAAAGAUGGGCGAACAGAGCUACCGAGAGGUGCUUCGGGAUUGUCAAGGACGCAUCCUUCCAGAAUAUCACCCGCUCACCAUCAUGGUUAACCGCGUUCUCCAUCGUCUGGUUCCUAUGGCGCCUAUCGAUGGUGCUGACUGGAAGGUCCAUGUUAUUAAAGAUGAUAACAUGGUGAACGCUUUCGUCCUCCCAGGCGGCAAGGUUUUUGUUUUCACUGGUAUUCUACCAAUUUGUAAGGAUGAAGACGGUCUAGCAGCUGUUCUCGGCCAUGAGAUUGCUCACGUGGUGGCACAUCAUACCGGAGAAAGGAUGAGUAACAACUUUGUCACCAUGGGAGUUAUCUUCCUCGCUGCUCUUCUCUUUGAUAUCUCCGGAAACAUCCCAUCUUUAUUACUAAAUCUCAUGUACAGCUUACCAAACUCUAGAACGCAGGAGGCGGAGGCGGAUAAUAUCGGCUUGAUGAUGAUGUCGAAGGCUUGCUUCAACCCUGAAGCUGCGGUUGAUUUCUGGGCACGCAUGCAGAGAGCAGAAAAGCAGGCGCCUCCUCAAUUCAUAUCAACUCAUCCUUCUAACUAUAACCGCAUGGAGGCUAUUCGCGGAUGGCUAGAUAAAGCCCAGGCAGAAUAUGAGAACAGUGGCUGUAUGGGCACCGGUUCUUGGAUGCCAGGGUUUCGAAAAGCCAGCAACGACUUUUGGUAA